AUGGAGGAAAAGAUGUCAACAUACCGACUCAUUGGUUCCUCAUCCGCCACAUGCAUCGCCUCAGGCAAUACUGUCAUUUGGGAUAAUAAAACACCUGUUUGUGACAUAAUUCCCUGUGGGCUACCCCCCACCAUCGCCAAUGGAGAUUUCAUUAGCACCAACAGAGAGGAUUUUUACUAUGGAUCAGUGGUGACCUACCACUGCAAUCCUGGAAGCGGAGGGAGAAAUGUGUUUGAGCUCGUGGGUGAGCGCUCCAUAUACUGCACUACCAAAGAUGAUCAAGUGGGCAUCUGGAGUGGCCCGGCCCCUCAGUGUGUCAUACCUAACAAAUGCACGCCUCCAAAUGUUGAAAAUGGAAUGAUGGUAUCUGACAACAGAAGCUUAUUUUCCCUAAAUGAAGUUGUGGAGUUCAGGUGUCAGCAUGGCUUGGUCAUGAAAGGAUCCCCCCAUGUGCAAUGCCAGUUUCUGAACAAAUGGGAGCCAGAGUUACCAAGCUGCUCCAGGGUAUGUCAGCCGCCUCCAGAUAUCCUGCAUGGUGAGCGUACCCAAAGGGACAAGAACAACUUUUGGCCUGGCCAGGAAGUGUUCCACAGCUGUGAGCCCGGCUAUGACCUCAGAGGGGCUGCUUCUCUGCGCUGCACACCCCAGGGAGACUGGAGCCCUGCAGUCCCCAGAUGUGCAGUGAGAUUUUGUGAUGUCUUCCUGGGCCAACUUCCUAAUGGCCAUGUGCUAUUUCCACCUAAUCUCCAGCUUGGAGCAAAAGUGGACUUUGUUUGUGAUGAAGGAGCUUUUGCCUUUUUUCCAGAAAUCUUUUGUCCAAGUCCUCCAGAUAUACCUAAUGGGAGACACACAGGAAAACCUCUGGAAGUCUUUCCCUUUGGAAAAGCAGUAAAUUACACAUGCGACCCUGACCCAGUCAGCGGGAAGACCUUCGACCUUUUUGGGGAGAGCACCAUCCGAUGCACAAGUGACCUUCAAGGGAAUGGGGUUUGGAGCAGCCCUGCUCCACACUGUAGAAGUCUGGGUAAAUCAUGUAAAACUCCUUCAGAUCCAAUGAAUGGCGUGGUGCAUGUGAUGACAAACAUCCAGGUUGGAUCCAGAAUCAACUAUUCUUGUAUUACAAGGUACCGCCUCAUUGGUUGGUCAUCUGCUGAAUGUAUCCUCUCAGGCAAUGCUGCCCAUUGGAGCACAAAGCCACCAAUUUGUCAACGAAUAACUUGUGGGCUGCCCCCCACCAUCGCCAAUGGAGAUUUCAUUAGCAACAGGGAGGAUUUUCACUAUGGAUCAGUGGUGACCUACCGCUGCAAUCCUGGAAGUGAAGGAAAAAAGGUGUUUGAGCUCGUGGGUGAGCGCUCCAUAUACUGCACCAGCAAUGAGGAUCAAGAGGGCAUCUGGAGUGGCCCGGCCCCUCAGUGUGUGAUACCUAACAAAUGCACGCCUCCAAAUGUUGAAAAUGGAAAAAUGGUAUCUCACAACAGAAGCUUAUUUUCCUUAAAUGAAGUUGCGGAGUUCAGGUGUCAGCCUGGCUUUGUCAUGAAAGGAUCCCCCCGUGUGCAAUGCCAGCCCCUGAACAAAUGGGAGCCAGAGUUACCAAGCUGCUCCAGGGUGUGUCAGCCACCUCCAGAAAUCCUGCAUAGUGAGCAUACCCCAGGUGAUCAGGACCACUUUUCACCUGGACAGGAAGUGUUCUACAGCUGUGAGCCUGGCUAUGACCUCAGAGGGGCUGCUUCUCUGCACUGCACACCCCAGGGAGACUGGAGCCCUAAAGCCCCCAGAUGUGCAGUGAAAUCCUGUGAUGACUUCCUGGGCCAACUGCCUCAUGGCCGUGUGCUGUUUCCACUUAAUCUCCAGCUUGGAGCAAAGGUGUCCUUUGCUUGUGAUGAAGGGUUCCAAUUAAAAGGCAGGUCUGCUAGUCAUUGUGUUUUGGCUGGAAUGAAAGCCCUUUGGAAUAGCAGUGUUCCAGUGUGUGAUCAAAUAUUUUGUCCAAAUCCUCCAGCUAUUCUUAAUGGGAGUCACACAGAAACUCCCCUUUGAGAUAUUCCCUAUGGAAAAGAAGUAUCUUACACAUGUAACCCCCACCCAGACAGAGGAAUGACCUUUGACCUCAUUGGGGAGAGCAUCCGCUGCACAAGUGACCCUGAAGGGAAUGGGAUUUGGAGCAGCCCCGCCUCUCGCUGUGAACUUUCUGCUCCUGCUGGUGCACAUAAUGCUCUCAUAGUUGGUAAGUUUUAUGAAGGGUUUGCUGAGGAAUUCUGGCAUCUUUAACAGUGAGUACCUACCUAUAAUGAAUGAAAUGUAAAAAAGAGAUCAAGAUAUCUUGAACUGUAAAUUCAACUAGAAAGAAAAUAAUGAAGAGUUUAAGCCAGGAUAUGGUGAAACUGGCAUCGUCAUAUGCAUACUGAGUAACCUUCAUCAAAGCUUCUUUACUGUCUUUGAACCAUUACAAACGAAUAAUCAAUCAUUCAUCAGUGUCAAAAAUUCUUUAUUUGAAUGUGGUAGGAGAAUGCAACUUCUUCUUUGGGUUACAACCUGGAGUAUGCUUCCAAAUGGUGAUAGUGUCCAUUCACACAAAUAGCCACAGACCAGUCUUCUGAGCCCAUAUCUGUGAUCUGCCUAUAUCAGAAUAGUUUUCUAAUAGAGUUUGCUUCCUCUGUGGCAUAGUAUUCUUACAUCCCUUUUUACACACAUGGACACUGAGACACAGAGGUUCAGGUAACUUGCCCAAGACCACAGAAUGGGGUAGCCUCGGUCUAACCAGGCUAUCUACCUAUCUGUGGAGACUGUGCACUUCAACAAUCAAUAAAUGGACAAAGAACCUCAAUAUAUAAUUCAACAAGGGAGAAAACUCCUGUAUUGUCACAAUGAAAUGCCUGUGUGUUGAGUCUUAGGCAGGAGACAUGGGCAGGGCCAUGGAGAGCCAGUGGGCAGCUGCACCAUAUGGUUUUCGCUUACUUGUGGAAAGGCUGAUAUUGGACUAAAGGUUACAAAACAGCUCAGCUCACCCCUUAACUAUAAUACCUCUGUAGGAGUAAGGCUAAUGCUACAGAAACCCAGAGUAAAGCAGAAUGUAUAGUUACACCUUAAAAAAAAAAAGCAUUAACAAUCUGUAGUGAGAAUGGAUACUAAGAGUUUAAAACCUAUGAGUCAUAGUCUUCAUGCAUUUAAUUACCUUGUUUUAUUGCCUAGGCACUUUAUCUGGUAAAAUCUUCCUUAUUUUAUUCACCAUUUUCCUCUCUUGGGUAAUUCUAAAGUCCAGAAAAGGGUAAGUAUACCCAUAUUAUCCCAAGAAAUGUAAACUGUACUUACCCUCUCCUGGAAGUCAAAAGAAAGUAAAAGACAAACAAACCCAUUGCUACAUAAACAGAUGUGGUAAUUCUUAUAAAGAAGGCCCUUGACACAUAGUCUAGAUGAAGAGGUAUUCACACUAAAGGAAAUAUAUAGGAUACUAAGAACAUUAAAAAAAAAACCAGCAUUUUGGCCAGGUAGGAUGACACAUGCUUCUAAUUUCAGCAAGCACUACUGGAGGCCAAAGUGGGCAGAUCACUUGUGGGCAGGAAUUCGAGACCAGCCUUGGUAACAUGGUAAAACCCCAUCUCUACUAAACAUACAAAACAUUACCAGGCCAGGUGGCACAUGCCUGUAAACCCAGCUACUUGGGAGGCUGAAGCAUGAGAAUUGCUUGAACCUGGGAGGCAGAGGCUGCAGUGAGCUGAGAUUACACUGUUGCGCCAAAAGUGAGACUCUAUUUCAAAUCACAAACACACAUACACGGCAUGUUAAGAAGAAGUUGAGUUUUACAGAAAGUGAAAGUAGGCAAAAGGAGUUUUUAAAAAGGUGUUCAUUAGCUGUUGAUAUCCUAGUUUUGCUAAGACAUUGCAGACACUGACCUCUAAGCCCAGAUCCUAUCAUAGUACUAGAAGUUAGAUUGGGUCUCUUAUGGCACACAGAUCAUAUGGCAUACAUAGGCUGACGGGGAAGAAUUGAGACUUUUAAUAUUUUAACAUAUCAACAAAUAUUUUGUAAACACCAUUAACUUUUUCUUUUUUUGAGAUGGGGUCUCACUCUGUCACUCAGGCUAAAGUGCAGUGGCAUGAUCUAGGCUCACAGUAAUCUCCACCUCUGGAUUCAAGCAAUUCUCAUGUGUCAGGCUCCCACUACAGGCAUGUGCCACUAUGCCUGUUUAAUUUUUAUAGUUUUAGUAGAGACAGGGUUCUACCACAUUGGCCAGGCUGGUCUCGAACUCCUGGUCUCAAGUGAUUUGUCUGCCUUGGCCUCCCAAAGUGCUGGGAUUACAGGCGUGGGCCAUUGUACCAGACCACCAUUAACUUUUUAAACUUAAAAAAAAGAAAAAACUUCCAAAAAUUAAGAUCUGAAUAAAGAAAUGUCUUUAUUGACAGGAAAGAGUAUACAGCUUUUGUACUGGUUGAUUGAAUUAUAACAAUAUUAAUGAGGCCAGAAUCAAUACUAGCAAUGUUAUAAGGUUGAUGAGCAAAGUCUAUACCCAUAAAAAACUGAAUUUAUAACUUUUAAGUGAACAGUUUUCUAUAGCAAAUAAUCUAAACAAGUGCAGUUUCCUACAACAAGCUUUACAGAAAUUGAAGUUUACAUAUUUCAGAGAGAUGCCAAUACACUUUUUAAAAAGUAGUUUGUCAUAGUAGAUCUUGCUGUAAACAGCCUAGUCAAUUUCAUGGGAAAUACUGAAUUAGUCAAGAUUUAAAUUUAAAUCAUUAUCCUUCCUAACUAAUGUUCUCUAUAUUUUAUGGCUGGACAUAUAAAUAUUCUUUGCUCUUUUUCUUUAUGAAAACAAAAGGUAAGUAGCUGGGCACUUUACCUUAACAAUGUUCUGUGUCAAUACAUUUUUUCCUCUUAAAGUUUCUCAUUAAGUACCACUACAAUUGAGAGUUAAUUAAAAAAAAUAUUAAAUCUGAUUUAAAGAAGUUGGGACUCUAAUUUUCAGUAUUUAUACCAGUCUCUAAUUAAAACCACAUAGGGAAAAUGAUUAUUUCUUCCUUUUGAAAAUAUUCAAGAUACUUUAAUAUCUUGAAGAUAUUUGAAUAUCUCCACCCUUCUAAUGAUGUCAUUCUUCAUACUUUAUGGCCUAUUCCUUGUUAAUCAUCUGGAGGGUAAGAUUCACAAGCCUGACUAUUGAUUUCUUUCACCCACAUGAUUGAAGAUCAUUUCCUCAUAUUAAUCAUCUUCAGGCAUAAACAUGACUCAACCAUUUCAUAAAAUUAUUUCUUUAAAAAUGAUUAUCUUGUGUAGUGUAAGCAACUUCAGAGCAUGUACCAUUUCUUCAUGUUUUCGUCCUGUAAAACCUGCCUAUUUUCUUCAUAUUCUUUUAAAGGGUAACGUCCAUGGCACAACCAUUCUCUCUCUGACGGGGGUACCAGGGAUGUGGCAGAAAGAAAGAUCAUGAUCCUCAUUACACUUAAAGGUCAGGGAGGUAAACCUCCCAAACAUCAAUGUAACCCACACUAAAACCUGUUAUAUAUGUGUAAUCCAGGAAAAAUUCUAAACAUUUCCUAAACUUUCAUUUUUGGCCUGUUUCACUUCUUGGGAUUGUAACUGUCUGACAGCUGCUUCCUGCCUGUUGUGCAGAUAAAAUCAGUUCACUGAGAUCAUGGUACAUUGCAGUAAAGAAAGAGUUGAAUUUACAAAGGCCAGCCAUGUGGAAGAACUGGAGUUAUCACUCAGUCACCCCAAGAACACAGAGGCUAGGGUUUUUAUAGAUAAUUUGGUAGGAAGGGAGCUAGGGAAUGGGUACUACUGAUUGGUUGAUGAUGAAACAGUCCUCAUGUGCUGUAUCCACCUCUAGGUAGAAGCCACAGGACCAGUUGAGUCAUGAGUCACAGGUCCAGGUAGAGUCAGUCAGUUGCCAAAUGCAAAAAUCUGAAAAACGUCUCAGAGACCACUCAUACACUCUACAGUAGUGAUGUUAUCUAUAGGAGCAAUUAGGGAAGUCACAAAUCUUCUGACCUCUGGCCACCUGACUCCUGAUGAGCAGUAGUGGAUUAUAAAAACUAUGCCUGUAUCUUAGCAGAGUUCAGGUCCCUUUCAUAAUCCUAAUCUUUUUGGCUUUCAUAAGUUUUCAGGUCCUGAGCAAGGAGGGAGCUAGUUUUAGAUAGAGACUGUUAUUAUCGUUGCUCCAAAGUUAAAUUAUAAACUAAAUUCCUUUCAUGGUUACCUUGGCCUACAUCCAGGAAUGAGUGAAGCCAGCCUGCCUGUGAGGCUCGAAGCAAGAUGGAGUCAGCCAUGUUAGAUUUCUUUCAUUCUCAUAAUCUUUGCAAAGGGGGUUUCAGGAUAGUGAGUGCAUUAGUAUAACCAAACACCAUUGAUUCUCAUGUUAGAAAUAACACAUAGCUAAAAUUGGGAAGAAAAAGUAAUAAACUUAAAUAAUCAGAAGGCAGAGGUGCCUUAUCUUGGAAGGAGUUGGGCUGGUUAAUCAAUCAUGCAGUCAUUCCUCUUUGAGUGGGUGUGGCCAAUAAGCUAAGUCUUGUGGCUGUGUGAGGAGGGCUGAUUAUUCCUUAUCUGGAGCUCAAGCUUUCCUCACAGAAAGACAAGGGCAUAAACGGCCUCAUAGUAAAGAAGAAGGAAGCAUGUGAGAAACACAGAAUAUAAGUGGAGAGUAUCGUAGUGGUCAUCAAGUCAGAAGAGCCAUCUAUCCUGGAGCUAAAAAAGACUGACAGUGAUAGGAUAGUGUAGAACAAGAUGGCCUGCUUUAUGGGAGAGCCACAAUCACACCAGGCCUGGAUAGAUGCAGGCUGAAGUCUUCCUCAAACCUGGGAGACAAUUCAGAAACUGCAGAAUCAGUCUGAAGACUUCCUAAGCAACUAAAGUGAGGCUGGGUGUGGUGGCUCAGGCUUAAAACCCCUGCACUUUGGGAGGCCAAGGUGGGUGGAUCACCAGAGGACAGGAGUUUGAGACCAGCCUGGCCAACAUGAUGAAACCCUGUCUCUUCUAAAAAUACAAUAAAUUAGCCAGGCAUGGUGGCAGGCGCCUGUAAUCCCAGCUAGUCAGGAGGCUGAGGCUUGAACCCGGGAGGUGGAGAUUGCAGUGAACCGAGAUCAAGCCACUGUACCCCAGCCUGGGCAACAAGAGCAAGACACUGUCUCAAAAAACCAAAAGAAAAGAAAAGAAAAGAAACUAACAUGAGACAGAAAUAGAGGGAAUACACACACAGAAAUGAUCUUACUUUCUUUAUAAUGUUCAAGGUGACCUACUUUAACUAUCCUAGUAAAGACAGUAUCACCCUAACCCCCACAUUCCUGGUCUCUCUGAUCCCGCUUUAUUUUUUUCACAGAAUUAUCCUCUUUUAUUAUAAUUCAUUAAAUAAUUAAGUUCCUUGUUUAUUGCCUCUCUCCCUCCAUGAAGUGGGGGAUUUUUGUCUUAUCUUCACCAAUAUCUAAACUGUCCCUGGAACAAAGAGAUUCUUAAUAAAUAAAUCAAAUGAAUGAGUGAGCUAAACACCACUAAGAGUGUUACCUCAAGGGGAAAUUUUUGCCAUAAUUCUCUAUGAAGUUACAUAGUGCAUCUUUAACUUGUGGUAAACUUACUGUAGGUUUCAAGGCUGCUCCUUGUUCUUUUUUUUUUUUUGAGACGGAGUUUCACUCUUGUUACCCAGGCUGGAGUGCAAUGGCGUGAUCUCAGCUCACCACAACCUCCACCUCCUGGGUUCAGGCAAUUCUCCUGCCUCAGCCUCCUGAGUAACUGGGACUACAGGCACGUGCCACCAUGCCCAGCUAAUUUUUUGUAUUUUUAGUAGAGACGGGGUUUCACCAUGUUGACCAGGAUGGUUUCGAUCUCUUGACCUCAUGAUCCACCUGCCUCGGCCUCCCAAAGUGCUGGGAUGCUCCUUGUUCUAAUAUACCAACUGUCUUAGUCUGUUGGUAUAUAUAGUUGGGCAACUAUAACAAAAACUCCAUAGACUGGGCAGUUUGAAUAAGCAUUUAAGCAGGGCACAGUGGAACCUGCAUAUAGUCCCAGCUACUCAAGAGGCUGAGGCAGGAGAAAUGCUUGAGCCAUGAGUUUGAGGCAGCCUGGGAAAUAUGGCAAGAACCUGUCUCUUAAAAACAUUAUUUAACUUCUAAAAACCAAGCAUUUAUUUCUCGUAGUUCUGGUGGAUAAAGAGUCCAAGAUCAACGCAACUGCAAAUUCAGUGUCGGGUGAGGCUCACUUUCUGGUUGAUAGACUUCAAUCUCUUUGUAUCCUCACAGCAGAGGAAAGGAGUAAGGGAGCUCUUGGGGGUCUCUUUUCCCCCAUUCACAAGGGCUCUGCCCUCAACAUAGAUCCUAUAAAUUUUCAACAUAUAAAUUUGGAAGGAUACAAACAUAUAAAUUUGGAAGGAUACAAACAUUCAGUCCAUUGAACUAAGACUGAAUUUAAUAAGCACAUCUGCUUAAAUGAUAUCAUACUUGUUGAUCUCAUAUGCCUUUUUCAUCUUUGUUUUUAUCUAUAUUCCAUUAACCCAGCUCGGAAUUCACUCAACCAAGAUGCUCUCCCAAAUAACUCUAGUCCAAAAUGAUGUCUCUCUUUAGGAAAAAAUACAAAUUAAUGUAAAAAUUACCUGCAAUAACCUCUACCUAGCAGAAUUCUUAAGCUUCUUUUCAUAUUAUUUUACAUGUGCAUGUACAUCUUGAGAUUAUAUUGAUUGCACAUAUUGAAUCCUGCUUUCUUUCACCAAAUGACAAACAUUUCUAUCAUCAUCGUAACAGUACAUAACCUAUAAUAAUUGACAUUUCAUGUGUUGUUGGCCUGUUAACUCUAUUGCAUUCAUUUACUUGCUUAUUUACUGUUCACACAUUCUUAUCCACUGACAAUGUACCAUACCUUGUGCUUAUGUGUUUUCUUUCCCAUGUUAAAUUACCUUCUGUUGAAUAGACAUUUCUUUAAAAUCUCCCCAAAUCUCUGAGUAUAAUCAAAUGAGAAAUGUUCAAUAAUCAAUUGAGCAUGUUAAUCAUUUGAGAAAUGAAUUUAUGAAAAUUUCAUUUACCCUCAUCUUUUUGAAAAUACUCUUUUACAUCAGAGUACACCUCAAGUUGUGUGCACUGACGACUGAUCGUGUUUUAGUAGGUAGAAAGUCCUUAAAAUUUUUGUUUCAACUUUCCCUUUUAAGCUUGGAAUUUGGACCAGUGUUCCACUGGAACAAAGUGAAUCAUCUGUGUCAAAAUACGGUAGAUGAGAUGUGACUUAGAAUCUGUGCCAAGCGUUAAGACCUGUGCACCCAGCUUCUGGGGCAGAGUAAAGAGGCAGGCUCAAAGACAUAGCUGUGUUUUAGACAUAAGAGUGUUUGGAAAAACACAGGUAACAAGUGAUGCUGGGAAGUCCAGUGAAAUGAAAGGAGAAUGACGAUGAAGAAUCUGGUGGCAGUAAUAACCGAGGAGCAAAUGAGCUGGAGGGCCUCAUCAGGAGGUCUGUCCAUUGAUGGAAGGACACCAUUCCUGGCCUUAAAAGGAGAGGCUCCUGUAUGACUGGGGAAGCAUUUGGGUAACUUGUACUAAAUCCACCACUGUAGCUUAUUCUUGACUGUAAUUAGAAGAGGAGGACUGUUUUCUGAAGCUGACCCCCUCCAAGAUGACCCCUCCAGAAAAAGUUCCUGUUCCUGCCCCUGCUACCACCAUGGUUUAGAACAAGAGACUCAAAAAAACACUUCUUUUGUUGAGUGACCUGUACAUUUUCUAGAAUGGAAUGAGGCUCCUUAUUUCUUUAUUUAGUAGCACAACUCUGAGAACACUUUUUCUUUGGACAAAAUUAAAAAAGGAAAAGGUCAAGUUACUCAUUAAUCUCUCUCUUAUCUACUCAAUGUCUCCAUUUACGCUAUAUUUCUUGUGCCCUACAUGGUAGCCAUCACAGAGGGCAAUAAACACUUCCAAUGACCUUGUAAUUUAUAUGGAUUGCUAGCAUCAUGAUUAUCAGUCUAUAAAUUCUGGGAAAUUCAAUUGUCGACCAUACUGUUAACUAAAUGAAGCCAUCCUGUUAUUUCAGUGUCCUUCCUUGACAAAGUACCAUAACGCUGAAGAACAUCUCGAAUAAAAUGUUGGGUUGGAAAGGAGCCAACUGAUUUCAACAGAAUAAGAUCUAAGCUUCAUAACGUCUUUGAAGUGACUUCACGGAGAUGCAGACAUGUGCACUUGAAGACGCUGCCACUUCCCCCUAGCAAAGCUCCUCCCUCUUGGUGUGCAUCACUGGGAAACCCCCAGCCUUCUGCCACGUGCUAAAAGCACACAGUAUCUACUCAGGGGAAAAGACUGCAUUUAAGAGUAGAAAAUAGCUUGGAUUACUUAAAGGAAUAAUAUGUUGCCUGGAAUUUCUGGUUUACAAGUUGGCUGUUUUUCCUUUUUAAAAUAUUUAUAAUUUGGAAUCGGCUCAUUAAGGAGAGCUUUAUGUAUGACUACUGCUCAUGUCUGUGUAAUUCUGUUUAAUAGUUGCUUUAAAGGUGAAUUCUGCUGCAUUUACUUUGACAGCAAUAUAAGGAGUGAGAGAGACAUGAACUCGAAUUUCAAUUUAAAAUCCUGAAAGUCAGGAAAAAAACCCAGCAUAAGCAAAAUCAACUGAUAAAGUACAAGAAAAAAAUGCGACUUACAUCACAAAGGGUCAUUGCUUUAUUAUUUAGAGAGUACUUAAAAAUUCAAAGACCAAACUUCUUUCCACCCCACAAAAAUGGGCAAAGAACAUACAGCUAGGUCACCAAGAAAAGAAGGGCAAGCAGGCAGUGUAAAGAUACACAGUAGGACUUCUAAUUAGCUGGAUCUUUAGCAAAUUUCUUUUAUUUCUUGGGAUUUUGAAGAAGUAUCUUUUAAAAGAGGACUAAAAAUGAAGUGGGAAUUGGUCUUUUUUAGAAUUAAAAUUUCUCAUCACAAGAAAAAAAAUCCCAUGUCCUUUAUUUUCCAGAAUGGAGUAGGUCAGUGGCAAUUUGAUGAAUAAGUAUGCAAUGCCUGUGACUUCUGUUUUGGAGACAGUCUUGCCCUGGGGCUGGAGUGCAGUGGCUCAGUCUGGGCUCACUGCAACCUCACCUGUGACUUUUUAAUUGCAAGAAAGCCAAAAUAUUUUUUUGAUUACAUCAGUUGUAAUGGGAAAUACGGCAUAUUACUGUAAGCAAAAUACUAUACUGCCUAACUUGUAUUAUUAAGCCCUGCUGCUGACCUUUGACCUUACAUUUUCAUCUGAAAAGCUGUGUGAUAGGAGUUAUUAAGAAAUUAUUUUAGGCAGAUAGAGAGAAAAAGGGGUCUUUGGAACCUUUUUGUUUCUUUUAAAGCAACUCCAGAAAUGUUUCUUGUCUAGCUGGAAAGCCCUGGCUCUUAAAACUGGGCCAGCAACCUUUAAUAUGCAAAUGUAAGCCUUUAGAAACUGGGCCACCCAACAUGGUGAUUCCCACUGCUGUCCAACAUGUGUCUGGCAACAUGGCUGCCCCCACAUAUCUCCGUGUGUGUAGAACAUCAUGGUGCCUUACAUUUGCUUAUUAAAAGGCUAGGGUGGGAAGGCGCGUUUUUCAUGGGCUAUGUGAAUGACAUGCCUAGUCAAACCAAUCACCUGAGCUCCAUUCAAAUCAGACACUGACACCGCCAGCCUUUACAUAUACCUGGCUGGUUUCGGUCUCACUUGGGGUCACCUCUCUUGGCUCUUGUGCCUCCUCCCUCUGUCUCUUUACAGGGGAGCUUCUUCCUUUUUUCUCCCUUCUUUCUUACCUAUUAAAUUCUCUGCGCCUUACAACCACUUCAUGUGUGUCUGUGUCGUGGAAAUAAAAAUCGUCUUCAUGAGACACAUUGCAGCUUCACAACUCUUCCAUUUUGCACCUUUCUACUGCUACUUCUGUGGAUGGGAAAGCUCGGGUUUUAACAGUUAAGAGUAAGAUGUCUUCUAUAGCCAAAUUUUAGUCUCAAUGUUGUCCCACUGGCAGGUAAAUGACCAUUCAAUUCCUAAAUCCCUUUAAGGUAUCUAUUCUGUCUCCCAUUAAGAUAGUACUUAAUUAGUGAGGGGAUUUUCUUAAUUUUUUUUUCACCCCUCAGCCCUGUCCAAGUUAGUGAGGGGAUUUUAAGUCCAGAAGUUAACCAAAACCAUUUUUCAAUGGGUAAAUGCUUUAGCACCUGCUAUAAUAGCAGGAUAUAGAGCUCAAUCUAACAUGACCCCUCCCUUAAAGGGGCCUUGCCCAAUUAGGUGAUUUUUCUUGAUAUCCAUUUAGGAAGGCACACAGGCCACAAAAGUCUAGGAGGUCAAAGGGAAAUAAAAGGCAGAGGACUAAGACAGCUUGGGGAUGGCGCAACUAAGGCCCAAAAGUUUAUUUCCUCUAGUGCCAUAGCUUGGAGGAUCACGUGUGUGGUCAUGGACGGUACAUUUAAAUGCGUGCCAGGAAUCCAGGAAUCCCAGAGAGAAUAUAGCUGGGGGGAUGCCCUCUACUAUUUUGUCUCCAUCUGGAUCACAUACCGAAAGGAAGGAGACUAAAAGGAUGCUUUUGUUCUCAUUUCUCUUUCUAGAUGGGUAACAGUCUUUUAACAUGCAGUCCCCUGGAGUGUAUUUUAAAGCACUGGGACUCCUUCAACCCUGAAACUUCAAAGAAAAAAUGGCUUAUUUUCUUUUGCACAAGGGAAUGGCCUUUUUAAUUCCCCCAAAUUAAAGAAACAAGUUCCAGGGGAACCAUCCAAGGGUCCCCCUUAUCUGGGGCCCCUUCAAGUUCCCUUCUCAUUGCAGAACCUUAGACAAGUAAAAGGAGUCUUAGGUUGAUUUUCUGACAACCCUGAGAGGUAUACAGAAGCUUAAAAUUUAACUCAGGUAUUUGACCUCUCAUAGAGGACUGUUGUGCUGCUCCUAAGCCAAACCCUAACUAUAGCUAAAACAGGCAGCUCUGCAAGGAGAAGAGAAUUUUGGAGAUGAACAAUAUGUCUCCUAUAGUAAGCCAAAAGGGGAACAAGAAAUAAGGAAGCCAAAGAAAUAGGGGAAACACCACUCCCAAUAGGAAGAGCUAAUAGCUCUUGACAACCCUAACUGGAACUCCUUUCUAAGGUGUUGUUUCUUCUUUUGCAGUUUAAAAUGGAUUCUAUCUCUUUUAUAAUGUUCUUCCAACCUGGGAAAGGUUUAUUUUCUACAUCUUAAAAUGCUUUGCUUAGAGUUGAGCUGAGGGAAGGAAACUCAGAAGCCUGAUAUGCUAACAAAAGGGUAAAAAUUUCUUACCAGUUGGGCUUUUGGCUUCUCUCUCCCUGUGCAAACCAGUAAAAGGGAUAAUAAGGAUCAUA